CUUCAAAGGUGGUGGGGGGCAGGCUCUGACGUCACGUCAGCUCGCCGACCUGCCGGACGCGCACAUCCUCGCGCAUCAAGACGCACGCAGCUCUCAAUCAGAGGGAGCCCCGCGCGCUACUAACGAUGAGGUUCACCGACCCGCACGCGCUUCGUUUGGAAUGAGAGGGUGUAGAACUGCUGGCGAUGAACGCAGGAAGUGAGCGCGCGCCGCGACGUUGCCGCACUUUCCCAAAUUGAGAGAGGGAGAGAGAGAGAGAGACGGAGAGAGAGAGAGAGUUGAAGCGCGGCAGAGAGGGGCUGCAGAACACACAGGGUCUGGGUGAAUGCAUAACCAUGGCAACAGCAGCAGCAGCAGCAUCAGAAGCACGAGAAGCGGGGAUAUAAACAUUGCACCCAUCCGUCCGCCCGCAAACAGACCGAUUUUUACUCCGUUUAAGGAUCGGAGCUGGAGCCGAAUCCUCUGCGGACAUCACACCACAUCGCUGCUAAGGUGAUGAGUGGGACUGUAUCAUGUCUGAAGUACAGGGAACGCUGGAGUUUUCUGUAGAACUGCACAAGUUUCACAAUGUGGAUCUGUUUCAGAGGGGCUUCUACCAGAUACGAGCAGCACUGAAAGUCUCACCUCGAGUGCCCCACAGGUUGAACGUGACAACAAAUGACAAUGCAGGAGAGUGCAGCUUCAGCUCUGCGGGGGUGUAUGACGGCAGCGUCUUCAGCCGAAUAUUUCAGAUCCUCUACAGAAACGAGGAGAUUGCUGUCAACGACUGCAUGAUCUUCAAAGUCCACCUACUACUGGAUGGAGAAAGGUUGGAGGAAGCCUUGAGUGAGGUGGACUUCCAGUUGAAGUUGGAUCUUCACUUCACCGACAAUGAGCAACAGUUGGCAGAGAUAGUGACAGUCCCGUUGAUCAGCAGUCGGACCCUGAGGCUCCACUUCCAUCCGCGGCGAGGCCUUCACCAUCACGUCCCCGUCAUGUUUGACUACUUCCACUUGUCUGUCAUUUCUGUCUCCGUGCACGCCUCACUGGUUGCCUUACACCAACCGCUAAUCAGCUUUGCGCGCACGGGGAAGGGCUCCUGGCUGGGGAAAGGCUCACCUGAGAGCGUGAGCGACCCGUCUGCUGUGUCUGUGGAGAACCUGGUGUUCGGAGCUGGCUACUGCAAGCCUGUCAUCUCUGAGGUAUGUUAACCUUUCGCAGAAAAG